AUGAUGAACAGCAGCUUCCAGCUCGAAGACCCCCUGGCGCUGGAGCAGGCGCUGGCCUUCGCCGACACGUGCGACGUGGGCAGCGACGACGAAAUGGCGCGCGACCAGGAGCUGGACGCGCUGCUGGCCGACGUGCAGGCCGGCGACCUGUUCGCGCCCGACCCGACGCUGGCGCUGAUGCUGCAGUCGCCCGCCGGUGUCGCAGCAGCUCCAGCUCCAGCGCCUUUGGGCGAGUUCACGGGGCUCAUGCUGGGCGCCGACGCCUCCGCCACGGAGUCCGACACGUCGCUCGAGAGCGCGCUGGCCGUGCUCACCACGCACUGCGACGCGUCCGCGAGCGACGGCAGCAACAGCGACGACGCGCGCUCGGUGGCCGCGUCCACGUCCUCCUCGGCCAGCAGCAAGAGGUCCAAGAAGAUGAAGAGGGCGCGCGCGCCCUCGCCCACGAGGACGGCGAAGGACUUUGCGGCGGCCAACGCGGCGCUGGCGGCCGCUGCAGCCGCCGCCAAGGGCGUCCCGCUGGAGGUGACCAGGCCCACCAAGAAGCGGAUCCGCAGACAGCGCGAGGAGCUGCUGUACCUCCGCGUGAAGGUCAAGGAGAUGGAGAGCAGUCUGGCCGAGCUCAAGAGCAAGGAGACGCGCAGCAGCCUGGCCAACAGGCAAUACAAGGACAGAGAGCGCGCCGAGCAGGAGAACCGCAAGCUCAAGUCGACGCUCGAGGGACAGAUCAAGCUGGCCAAGUGCCUCGAGAAGAUCCUCGAGGACCAGCCGGAAGACGACUCGAUGCCAGGCGUGCCGCGCCCAGAACAAUCAAAGCUGCUUACGAUGUCUGUCAGCAGCGACCCGAAGGCUGUCCACGCAGAGUUGCUGGCCGGCAUGGACGCAGCGUUUGACCAGGUGGACGCCAAGUACGAUGUGAAAAAGUACCAGGAAAUCGAGAAGGAGAAGCUCGACGUGAGGGUAGCGUCAAGCUUGGACAACGGCAUUGCGCUGCAAUUCAUGGGUUUCAAGCGCGUGCCGUUCCCGCAGGAGGUGGCCAUUCGAGGAAUGUGGCGCUUCACUUCGUGCGAGGCAACAAAGCGCCAGGCGUAUUUCUACGAGGAGCACGAUACUUCUUCAAAGCACUCGGUCGCGCGAACUUUCGGUCACAAGAUCCAGAGCGAUAACGGCAGCCUUGACUACCGCAGCGAAAGCGUGCUGGAGUGUCGCAAGCGCGGCGAUCGCAUGGUCAUCGUGACGCGGGGCCUGACCAAGCCCAUCAAGUUCUCGGCGGCGCCGGUGAACGGCAUCCGCUUCCACGAGAACGGGUGGAUCGUGAUCGAGAAGGCGUCGGCCCAGGACGGGUCGUCCAAGGGCAAGUGGUCCACCAUAUCGUCGUCCAUAGAGCUCACCCCGAUCUACGACGACGACGUCCUGGACCAGGACUUCACCGUGGGAGCGCUCACGGACUUUGUCAUCGACUCGUUCCACCGAAACAUGCACCUCGGGGAGGAGGUCGUCGCGGGCAUCAUGAUGGAGGAGGCCCGCAAGGCUGCCACGCAGCCAGCAUCGUCGUGGCCGUGA